AUGAAGUGUCAAACAAUGCCUUCAUCUGCACAGAUUUUAUCAAAAGCAUCAUUUUUUAUUGAUCUUUCCCCAAGAUUGCCCAAGAAAGUGUACGGUGGAGAUGGUGGGUCCUAUCUUGCCUGGUGUCCAUCAGAGCUUGCCAUGUUAAGUGAAGGGAAUAUUGGAGCAGCUAAACUUGCUCUUGAAAAGAAUGGCUUUGCUGUUCCUCGUUAUUCUGAUUCUGCUAAGGUUGCUUAUGUUCUUCAAGGGAAUGGUGAGGCUGGAAUUGUCCUCCCCGAGAAGGAAGAGAAAGUAAUCCCAAUCAAGAAGGGAGACGCUAUAGCCCUUCCAUUUGGAGUUGUAACAUGGUGGUACAACAAAGAAGACACUGAUUCAACUCUGGAUCUGAACGGGAAUCUAACCUUUUCAUUUCCCCCUUUCUUUUUGGCUUCAGUGAACCGGCCUCCAAACUACCAGGAGCUUCACUUCAGUUGCCUUUUCACUUCUUUUUCUAUCUUUCUCAGUUCAUUGGCUGUAAAGAUCAGCACCAGUUCAUGGCUGUAA